AUGACGAAGGGCGGUCUUGAGCCUUGGAAGAUUGCUGUUGAUGAGCCGGAUCGUCCAUUGAAUAGUCGAAUUAUUGAGCCUUGUGACGACUUUCGGGUCCGUUGGUCGUCUGCAAAGGCUGUUGGUUCCAAAUUCUUUACGUGUAUGCCCUCUGGUUGCGAAGCGCCAGUUAAGCGCCAGUUAAGCGCCGCUGGACCCACCCAGCCAACCAGCCGAGAGCCAGCAGCUCAUAUUUGGGAAACAAGCAGCUCUCGCGUGCAGGGUCGUGUUUCAAACGUCUCUGGCAACAAUGCUAUGGCAGCCUCCAUUACGCAGGCCCGCGCGAUAAGCAGGCCAUUUGUUGGCUCUGCCGAGAAGCAAAGCCUGACAGAACGGCUCGCAACUAGCCUGCAUCAUGCCAUCCGGCGGCUUGAUGCAGAAAAUCGCGGCGGGGCGUCUUCGCCUACUGUCGACCAUCCCGUUACCGUGGUAUGCAUCUCCGACACUCACAACUCGUUUCCCUCAUCUCUCCCUCCAGGCGACAUCCUCCUCCAUGCUGGAGACUUGUCGCGCUUCGGCACGUUCGCAGAGAUACAGGCGCAGAUCUCGUGGCUUGCCGCACAACCACACUCACACAAGGUCAUCAUUGCCGGAACCCACGACCUGCUCCUCGACCCAGCCUUCGUUGCCACCCACCCCGACCGAGAGCUGGACCGUUGGCCCGGCCAGCGCAGAAGCGACUUAGCAUGGGGGGACGUACACUAUCUUGACUGUGCAUCAGUGGACCUUGUCAUUGAGGGGAAAGGCCGGUCAAUCCGUGUGCUCGGCAGCCCGUGGACUCCCCGCUGUGGAAGCUGGGCAUUCCAAUACGACCAAAAUAGAAAUGACGAAGAUACAUGUUAUCCAUUGGGCACGUCACCAAACGAUGUCGAUGUCAUGUUGGUGCAUGGACCGCCUCAGGGCUAUCUGGACGAUGGCGGUAAAGGAUGUGAAAGGCUGCUCACUCAAGUCUGGAGGGCAAGACCCAAACUUGUACUGUUUUGCAUAAUGGGCUUUUUUUCCAUAUUUUCCCGGUUGUUCAAUCGCCUUGGAAGCUCGCGAACCGGCUCUACGACCAUUUCCACUACUCAGGAAGACGAUGAGCUGUGGCUUUUCCCCGUGUGGCCACCAAUAAAUCCCAGGGAGAUUCUUCGUCGCCGGGAAUACUACAAAGCCCGCAUGGAGCAUCGCAGAUAUCGGGCUCCGAAGGGUAUAUUCGAGGACUCGCCGCUUUACGCCUUGUACCGCCUAUAUGAGUGGAUCAUGGUGGACGAUGUCAUUCACAUGCGCAACGAGCUCGAGAUGUUCUGGUGGGCGCGCUGGCCGGUAUCUAGCAUUCCCGAUCCUGGCGAACAGGGCGAUCCCGAGCGCUACGCGGUGCUGGCGUGCAUACCCGCGCUGAUCGUAGAAAGCUUCAACGAACGUAAUGAACAAGGUCUACGCCGCCAAGAGCCGCACUCAAUUCUGUCUCUUGAGGAGCAGCUACAAUGGGCCGCAACACCAAAGAUUGUUGAAAGUGAACCAUCCUGGACGAAGACUGUGCCGCCACUGCAGAAGCUCUUGCAUAUACCCCAUAGCCAGCCUUACACACCUCAAUUGACAACCAAUCCGUUCUCUCCAAUACCGCCUGAUCUCAGCAGUUCAGUCGGCUCUCCUGUCUUCACUUGUAUUCUCGGCUUGCGGGAGUUGCUUGUAGUUGUACUAGGCGAAGGCCAGCAGGCACACAUGAGUCAGCACGUAAACGUUUGA